UUUGAAAUGGUGUCCAUUACGAGGAAGCUAUUAAUUUUCAAAAUGGCGACGAUAGUAACUGAAUAGAAAAACCACGAUAAAUAUUUGUUAUUCUCUGUCGUUAAUCAUUUAUCCUUCGUUGUUUUUUUCAUAUUUCAUAUUUAUCGCCCACUUGUUAUCAUGGCGGCCACAUUAGAUUUCAGGACACAUGUGGACCAGUCCUGCAGAUAUUCAGAGGAGUUCGUCAACAUUUACUAUGACUGUAUGGACAAGAAGAGGAGGAACUUGACCCGACUCUACCUGGACAAGGCCACGUUGGUGUGGAACGGCAACACGGUGUCAGGUCAGGAUGCUCUGGGCGAGUUUUUCGAGUCUUUGCCAUCGAGCGAGUUCCAAGUGCACACGUUGGACUGCCAGCCAGUUCAUGAACAAGCCACCCAGGGCCAGACCACACUGGUCGUGGUCACCGGCGGCAUCGUCAAGUUUGAAGGAAACAAACAACGCUUCUUCAACCAGAACUUCCUUCUGACGGCACAGGCUUCCACCAACAAUGACCAGCCUGUUUGGAAGAUCGCAAGUGACUGUUUCCGAUUUCAGGACUGGAACAGCUGAGACCACCAUUCACCAUGCUUUGUACAUUCACAUUUGAAACUUGGAAAAAAAAGUUUUUGUAGUAAAAUAAUGACACCCCAACUCCCGUUUACAAAAGUUUAUUUCAGAAAUGUUGAAGGCAAGUGAAAAAUGGUCUAAUAAAUACAAAUAGAAUCAUUGUA